CGAAUUAGAAAACAACGAGUCAUGAGACGUGUCGAGACAGUAUUUAAGAGUGGGUAAUGAUAGGUAAUCAUUUAGUGAACUCGGUGCACCCCACCAGAAAAGGUCAAGAUUUCCUGGUCAGAGUAAAUACAAGGUUUACCAAGAUGGACAAGUUAGAAGGAAUUACCUACGAAAUGAUGGACUUUAUGGAUCUGAAAUUAUUCGUGGAUCCAGACACGCCAGGAUUGUCCAGAGUAAAAGAAUCCGUAGCAAAGGACGAUGUAAAACUAAUUCCAGUCUGCUCCACGGAUUCCGGCGCCUUAAUCGCAGCCCUAAAAAAUCUGCCAAAUUCAAAAUCUGUCUUAAACUCAACCGAAUUUAGACAAGCCAUCCUCUACCGGACGAAGGCUGAUUUAUCCGAAACGGUUGAAGAGCUUGUCGCCUCACAAGUUCCCCGGAAACCAAUUCCUGCCCAAAAACCGAAAAUAUGUUUCCUAAUCACGUGUCAAGGAACGCACUAUCCCGCCAUGGGGAAAUGCCUUUACCGUGUGAGCCCCAUAUUUCGCCAGCAUUUCGACUACUGUGCCGCCCACGUGGCGAAAGAGUAUGACAUCGAUAUCAAAUCCUUUCUGGAGGGGGCGGUUGUCCCCAACGUGGUUCCAGACUGGAUGGAGUCACCCAUCAAUUUCCUCCCGUACCUGUUAGCCCUGCAGUACGCCCUCUUCAAAGUAUGGGACAACUGGGGGAUUAAACCAGACUAUGUGUUGGGGCUGAGCUUUGGGGAAUAUGGGGCGGCGGUUUUCGCAGACAUGAUUACGAUCGAGGAGGCGUUCAAACUCAUCAUGACGAGAAUCAUACUGAUGACCAAAAACAUUAAGGAAGAAGGUUUCUGCGUCGCUCAGAUGGACACGGUCAAAUACGCCGAGAUAAUGGAAGAAUGCAAGGUCGACAUGGAAGACAUGUGGCUGGACAUUUCCGGUGUCAAUUCGCCAAAACAGACAUGCGUCGUGGGACAUUUGAAAUAUAUUAAUAAAUUUUCAGAAACUUGUAAAAAACACGGGAUAAAAAACUUGGUCAAGGAGUACCACCCAUACCACUCCUCCCUCACGAAGCCUAUCAUUCCCGCCUUCCUCGAAACGACAUCCACCAUCUCAUAUUCCCCCGCGAAGGCUAAAUUCAUAUCCACCGUGGACGGUAAAUUGUGGGACACUUUAAACCCGACCUAUUUCCUGGACCACUUAACUGGCCCGGUGAUCGCGAUUGGCGCCGUGGAGUCCGCGUUGGCGGAGGGCGUCACCCACUUCUUAGAGGUCGGACCGCACCCCAUUCUGAUCCAAAUGGUGAAAGACAUCAUUCAAAAUAAUGAUCCUCAAGCAGCGAAUAAAUAUACUUUUGUGACAUCCCUAACCCGGAAAGAUGGCGACGAUCGCGUCGCUUUGUUGAACAGUGUCGGCCGGCUUUACAUGGCGGGGUAUGACGUUAAUUGGGAAAAUGUUGAUAAAUUUCAGAGUCAAUCGUAGAAAAUAUCUAAUAGUUUGGCAUAAAUUUAACUGGUUAAUCUAGGAGAAAAAUAUAUUAGAAUUUUACUAGUUCUUAAGAAAAUGUAUUUGAUGAUUGCUUACUUAUGUAUUACUUAAGUAUUUCAAUCGUACGCACUUAUUGAUUUGAGUAUUAUGCAUGGAAAUUGGCAAUAUGUAAAUACAUGCGUGUAAAAUAAAUCGAGAAUGCGAAUAUGUAUCAAGUAAGUAAUAUGUCCAAAA